AGACCACCUCUUGUCCUCUUUGUUCCCCUUCUCUAUCCUCAGACGGAGGCGCCCGCGCGACUAAUCUCGAAGCUUCCGCUCGGAGCCAGGGUUAGGGUUUCAUCCCCGCUCGUCGUGAGACCAAGCCAUGUCCGGGCGCGAGGUCCGCGAGUACACCAAUCUUAGCGACCCCAAAGAUAGGAAGUUUGGGAAGGGGAAGGAUAAGAUCGACGAUGAGGACAUUACCUUCCAGCGCAUGGUUGCAAAGAUGCUUCUGUGUUGCAUCUGCAUCCUUGAGGUAUAACUGGGUUGGCUUCUCCAUUGUGAAAAAGGUAAAAUUAAAGGUCUUAGAGUCAGCAGCAUGCAUUAUCUGCUCAAACCAAUGCUAGUGUUAGUAAUAACAAUAUCACAUUUCAAUCAUUUGUUGGUCAUGGGUACAUGAGGACAUGGUUCUCAUGGCGUCGCCUAGGCGUCAAGGCACUCCCCUUAUUUUGGGCUUAGGCAUCAUGGGCGGCGGUGAUUCACCACACCUCGCCUUACCGCCGGAUUUUGGCUCUCUACUCCGCGGUUGAUACCAACAGAUGCAAGAGGUUGCUGGUGAAAGAGGAGGCUAUCUUCAUGGACGAGGAGCAUUGGAUAGUGAUGAUCUGCUUUACCUGAAAGAGCAAAUGGAAGCUGAGGAAGAUGCAGAGCGUCUUCUCCGUCGUACGGAGAAGCGGGCAUUUGCUGCUUUUAAGAAAGCAGCAAUCUUAGCUGAUUCUACACCUGCUGUCCCUGUGGCCCUCCGUGUUGAACCAAAACCCAAAAGUGAUAUAAGGCAACAGGACCUCUUGAAGAACAUUGUUGGGAUCAAACCAAAGCGGCCAAAAUUUAGCAGCCCCUCACAGCCAGCAGAUAGCAAUAAUAUGAAGCAAUGUGAAGAAGAUUCUGUCAGCAAGUUAUCUUCAGUGCAGAAUCAAUUGGAACCACCUGUGGGUGAGAAGGGAUCAUCUCAUGGGACUGUCAAUGCUGAGCACACAGUGCCAAGGCCAGAUGAGCUAACGGCGGAGAAGCAAAAUGCUGCUGGAAGCUUGCUUGGCUUAGCUUACGAGAGUUCUGAUGAAGAAUAGUCUCAUGAAUGCCCUGUUUAGGAUGUGUAAAAUUUCCAAGAUUUCUGUGGGGUCUGAACUGUUUUCCUGUGAGAUUUCUUCAUUUGAAACAAAUCACAGAAGGAAUCUCUAACGCCACCUGUAGAUUGUAUAUUAGGUUUUAUUAUGCUAUGUUUUGAACCAGGAUUUGUUGAAAAAGCUGCUGUUAUGUCGCUGCUUCCAUAGAACCUGUUUUUUUUUUUUUGUAACAGCACAGGUGAACGCUAAAUUCGUUUUACAAUCCAUCAAUGUUUUUUUU